UUCUGCUUGAUGUAUGUAGAUUUUUUGCAUUUCACCCUGGACAAAAAUUCUCUUCAGAGUUGUUCAUCCUUGCUCAUCUGUCGUCAUCCUUGGUUAAAUGGACUCAAAAUUGUCCUAAUAUACAAAAAAUAUCUAAAAAUGAAGAUUCAGCUCUUAGGAAGUGCGACUUAGAAAAUUUUUUUGGAAAAAUAAUGGCAAAAAGAAAUAAAGAAAAAUUAUACGAAAAGUUACGAGAGUUUUACCUGGAAACAGUCCACAACUCUCGCUGA